AUGGAAUGCUCUAAUCUCCUCUCCUUAUACUUUGCUCCAGCACAUCUCCAACCAGCAUCUCCUUCCACUUUCUUUGUUUUCCAUCGUCUAAAUCGUGAUCGGCUUAAUCAUAAUGAAACAGAAAAACUGGAUUUCUUUUUUACUCAUGAUGAUGAUGGUAAGGCAUCGGUUUAUAUGAAAAGGGUCAUUAAUAGAUCUUUAGUUCAACGUUGGGAGAAUCAAAUGAGGGAUCAAGAUGUUCGUCCCAUCGCUUGUUGCAAUGGGUUGAUUUUGUUUAAAUCUCCUGAGGUCUCAUCUGAAUUCUACAUCGGCAAUCCCAUCACCGGAGAAAUAAGAACUAUGAAGCAUCGGUACGAGAGAGAUGGGUUUUGUGGAUUCUUUUAUCACUCAUCAACACAAGAGUACAGGCUGCUCCAUUAUUAUACCACAGAUGGCACAAGCAACCCCUUUCAAUAUGAUAUACUCACCUUAGGCUCCACCAAAUGGAGAGGCCUCCGUACCCUUCCUUAUUGUCCCCGAUACGGAUCAUCGCCGGUGAUACUCAAUAAUAACACUCUUUAUUGGAUGACUGCCGAAAUUCCCAACUCCACAUGUGAGAAUUCCAUUAUGAUGUUCUCCAUGGACAGUAGAAUUCCAUACAAUGUCUCAUCCAAGUUACAAAUGCAAAACAAGUCAUUGCCAUAA